AUGACAAAUCCAGAUCCGCGCAUAUAAAGCCGCAAUUGUUCCCAUCUUCCGUUGCCUUCCAUCUCGCCUUCCAUCUCGCCCUUCCAUUUGCUGUGCCUGCCGACCCGGUCCAGCUUUGCAUCAUGAACUCCGAGUGCUGCACCCUGCCCCCCUGCUCCAGCGACUAUGUCGCCAAGGGCUCCGAGAUCGUGCUCGGCGACCUGCCCGCUUACAUCACCGGCGACAAGCAGUCGACCAAGGCCAUCGUCUUCGUCUACGACAUCUUUGGCUACCACCCCAACACUAAGCAGGUUGCUGAUCUCCUUGCCUCCCGGGGCUUCUUUGUCAUCAUGCCCGAUUUCUUCCGUGGCGAGCCCUGGAACACUACCCCCUUCGAGAUGGCCGAGCUCGUCGCCUUCCUCGGAAAGCGAGUUCCUCCCGAGGUCAUCGAGCGGGACACACAGACCGCUGUCGAGUAUCUGAAGGCCCAGGGCGUCACCUCGAUCGGCUCGGUUGGUCUCUGCUGGGGCGGUCUGCAGACCUUCCGUGGUGGCAUUGCCGGCCACUUUGCUGCCGUUGCCAGCGCUCAUCCCAGCAUGCUCAACGCCGAUAUUGCCAGAGCCCUGAACAUCCCCGCCUGCCUCCUCCCGUCCAAGACCGAUGCCGAUUUUACUGAGUUCUUUGAGAUUCUCAACGCCAAGCCCUUUGGAGCAAAGAACGUCCACCAGCGAUUCGACGACAUGCACCACGGUUGGUGCGGUGCUCGCUCGGACUUUGCCGACCCCCUCAACGCCCAGCGAACCUCCGAGGCUGUUUCGAUCCUUGCCAAGUUCUUCCACAACACUCUGUAGCGGCGGGGCAACUUGAGCCAGAUGACGGCCUUGGCUUGACCCGUCUUUGCUCGACAUUCAGUCAAUCCAAUAAAAAACGGGACAUCUUGGUUUUUGACCAUUGACUGAA